GAGUCUGAGCGAGUUAACGUCAUUCACUCUCAACUAAACCGGUUGGUGUUUAUUUUCACCCUCGACGCUCUUCAUUGUUGAUGGGCAUCAUGGAUCCAAACCAGCGUGGUUACGGUACCUGCUGGCUGGCUAUCGGCUAACAUCGCAGCUUAAGUACCGUUCUCACUCCGGAUGGAGUCUAAUAAUCAUUUCAACUAUGGCACCCACUCCUCAGCAAACUCAGGACUGAAACUCUCCUCAGGGGAUUCUCUUUAUACUAACGGGUCCUCCAUGAGUUUUCCUCAGCAGGGGAAGAAUAUGAAUGGCGAGAUGAAUGUGAAUGGCGCCACUACUGUACACGGGUCCGGUGUGCCUGGUUCCCACCCAACAACAGCCGCUUACACACACAUGAGCAACCACCACCAGAGCAGCAUGGGCUAUGACUACUUGUGGGGGGGGCACCCUCAGUAUGGUCCAGCAUUGGGCACCUCUCCUGGGCACGGGAUGCACCAGAAGCAGCCUACACCUGGGAUGGUGCAGCCUCAGUCACAGCACCACUUCCAGGGUCAUGGACAGUACCAACUGAAUGGGGGUAUUGAAAGCUCCCACCAGCCGCCUGUGGCAGGCCCACCAAACAUGCCUCUUACUGGGAGUCAGUACUGGAACAGGAGUAACCCUGGCCCACAGCAAAUUGGUUAUAAUUCCCACAGUAUGUAUGGGACCUACCAGAGUCAGGCACAUCCUGGAAUUACACCGUCACAGCAUCACCAGCAGCAGUCCUUACAGCCUCCCCCACAUCAACCGUCACAGCAGCACCUUCACUCCCACCGCAACCCACACCACCACCACCAGCAGCACCAGCAACCACAGCAUUAUGGCAUGAUGCCUAAUGGGAUGCCCUACUACCAGCAUCAGCCCCAGCACCCGACCCUGCCAUCUCCUCAACAGCAGCCACCACAGCAGUCGCAGCCUCAAGGCCAGGCUCAGAUGAUGCCCCCAGCAGCCCAGAAUUUUACUCCUCCACGUGGCAGCCCUCAGCACCACAGUUUAGGCAGAGGGGGCACUGGCAGCCCUCUCCCUGUGGGGAUGACUCCUGCACCAAUGAUGUCACCAUCACCAGUGCAGGAUAGUGGAUCACCCAAGAGCCAUAACAGGGAUAGUAACGUGGGAAUGUCUUCUGUCAUGCAAGGGCAUACAAGGGAAGCUGUCAAGGAAGUUGACACAAGCUAUAAUGGCAGUGAAAGAUCACCUGUUCCCCAGAGGCUACCCAAAACUGACAGUUACCAGUCCAAACCAUCUGCGGCUCCUGUGGGACCUACAAGUGAUUAUCGGCAGCAUUCUGACCAGCCAGCAGCUCCGUGUCCAGAGAUGGCUUCUCCUGUCAGAGAUGCAGCUAUUAAUCCAGCUCCCCAGUUUGUCUCAUCUCAGCUCUCUGUGUCUCCAUCACCUGCAGCAGUGACAGUGUCUCUAACCACGGCCUCUGCAGCUCCUGCUGUCUCUGGAUCUCCCAUAUCUGCCCCCGGGCCCCCAAUUGUUUCAUCCCCUGAUGUAGAAUCUUCUACACCACAAAUUUCAGCACCUCCCGGCGUCUCCUCUGCUGCAUCUGCAGCCGCACCUCAUGGGCUUUCCUCACCUCCCCUAAUGGUGCAAGGCCUAAGGCCAUCCCCUACUGCUACGACUGAGAUAUCCCCUGCUGGAUCCAAGCAUUUGUCAGCGGGGUGCUCUUCCUCCUCCCUGCUGGCAUCACCUUUAAAGUUGUCUACACCUCUAGUUUCAACUAACAGUGAGUCUAUACCUGCUGCAGUUUCCUUGGUCCCUUCAGUGUCUACUUCAUUGGAGUCUGUGGCUCAUCAGUCAGCAUUGCCUCCUACAGCUUCUGGACCUUGUAUAACCGUCUCCCCGCCUGUCACAGUGUCCAUGUCUUCUUCCUCAGUGUCUGCACCCAUAACAUCUCUUCAGCAGAUGGUUCAAGGGUCUAAGGUAUCUUGCUUUCCCGAUCAAUCUGGAGCUCAGCAUGAAAUGCCUGGACCCCCAAAAUUGAUGACUGCCACUUCAUCUGUGGGUGCAAAUUCCUCAUCAGCUGGUCUGGUUCCAUCUCUUAUGCCAAUAUCAGGUCCUUUGCCCUCAACACCACCUGGCUCUUGUUUAUCAACAUCUGCAUCUCUCAUGUCUGUGUCAGCUACUCCUUCACUUGGCAGUAAACAUUGUGAACCAGCACCCACAUCUCAGUAUCAGACACACACUCCUACAGCUGUUGACACUGGUCUUUCCACUGCCUCUAGAGCAUCAUCAUCACCACCAGGAGAGGUGAAUGUACCCUCCCUAGCAGCCCAUGAAAGUCCUACUGUCCAACCUCUGUCUACCCUACCUCUUCUAACCACUCAAGCCUCCAGGACUGCACCUGUGUCCGCCCCUCCUGCCUUGGUGUCUUUGCCUCCUGCAAUGGGUACAUCUUCUGGAGUGGUCCAAAGUUCUCACUCUGAGCAGCACCCGACUAACACCACUCCUCCUCGUGCACUAAAGCAGUUGUCUCCUAAGCCAGAACACCAUGGUCAUAGCGAGGAUAGGAAAGUUUUCAGUAAUAAAAGAAAUGGAAAACCAGAGGAACACCUGCCUCAGCUUGAUUCAGGCACAAUAAGGACACCGCAGAAGGUGGAAGGGACUGAGUCUCAUAAAUCUGAAAUUUGCUCUCGUAAAUCCUUCACUGAUCUUCCAGGGAAACCUUUGCAAACCACAGUUGCUUCUGAUCAAAAGGCAAAGAGUAUGGACUUUGAAAAGCACCACAUGCAAAGCAUCGCCAGUGACACCUGUGAGACAGAGGACUCCAUGGUGGAGCUAACUCCACUCAGAAAGUCCCCACAACUUCACAGCACGAGGAUAGAACAUCUGACGGAUGAAGAAAGUUUUGAUAACUCAACAUGUGACACCCCUUCCAGAAUCGAAGUCAGCUCCGUCUUUGAAAAAACGUCUCUUUUAGACGGUGACAGCUCAUGCAUAGAUGACUCCACUCAGUUUGACAGCACCUCCCAUGCUGAAGGGGAACCAUCUACUGAGUUUUACACCACUCAAGACAACAGCCUCUCAGUGGAAGUCUCUAGAGAUGACACGUUGGACUCCACCAGAGAAAGGGAAACCUCUGAGGCAGAAGAGACCAACAGUUGCCAGAUCACCGGGGAGUCCAUGCUGGAGUCUUCUCUAAACAACACCGCUGAGAUGGAAGAGCCCUCUGCUGACUCAAGUGAUGUGUCCAACUCGCGCUCAUUUGUGCAGUCUCAGCCUGGUCGUCAAGGACCUGAAGCAGAGUGGGAGCCUAGAGGCCACGAUACACCAGACUCAGCUGGACGGAUAAGCAUUAAGACCACUGUUGAUGAGGCAAUGACUCUGCCGAGUUUCAAGAUGAGAGAUGAGAACUUCAUCGCCUUCAGUACCCCAGCAGAGAGCCCUGCUGUACACCCACUCCAACCAGUAACUGAUCAGAUUGUGUCAGCUGCUGGAGGACAUCUGAAAACCCCAGGGAAACCACGCAAACCUCGGGCUCCAAAGGCAAUGUGGAUUAAAACCACAGCUCCUGAGGAGGCCCAGCGCAAGCCUCGGGUUCGAACUCCUAAAGUGGAGAAAAUCAAGGCUGAUGAGGAGGGAGCCACGGGCAGAAAGAGGAAGAAGUCCCUUAAGAUGGAAGUCAAAAAACCAUCAGAUGCAUCUGGAGAGGCUGGGCCUCACACAGAAGAGGUUGAUUCAAUUACAGCCACAAUUGAAGCUGUUCUAGCCAAUGCUUCAGCUAUUAACACGGCAUUUGAGAAACCCAAGAAGGCAAAAAGGGUCAAGAAACAAGACCAAGAUGGAAACGUGGUUAAAACACCUAAAAAAGAUGCGGAAACAACUGUAGAUGAUGUUGAUGAAAAUGAUGACGACAGCUCUACUGCAGGUGAAUCUAACAGACGGAGGGUUGCGACAGAGGAGCAGGUCCAGUUCCCUCUGUUGCACGGGUGGAAGAGGGAGAUCCGUGUGAAGAAAAAGGAGGACCGCAUGAAGGGUGAAACCUGGUAUUACACACCUUGUGGAAGAAGAAUGAAGCAGUUCCCGGAAAUAGUCAAGUACUUGAAGAGACACACGGACAGCGUGGUCUCCAGAGAACACUUCAGCUUCAGCCCACGCAUGCCUAUUGGAGACUUCUAUGAAGAGAGAGAAACUCCUGAGGGUAUGAAAUGGGUCCUCUUGGCUAAUGAGGAGGUUCCCUCUAUGAUCAUGGCCAUCACUGGCCGGCGAGGUCGACCUCCAAACCCUGAUAAAGAGAAACCCCGCAGAGUUCGUGGCGUGAGGGGAGGGCAGGCCCGCCGCCCUGGUAGACCUCCCAAACCCAAGAUGAUUGACCUCCUCAGCAAAGUUGAUGCCAAGCUGUUGAAGAGGCUUGAGGCCAAGGAAGCUCUUACGGAGGAGGAAAAGGAGAAACUUGCAAAAAUCAAAAAGAAAAUGAAGAGAAAGGCAAGAAUGAAGAGAAGGGAGGAUGCUAAGAUUAAGAAGAUGAGAGAGGAAAAAAAGAAAGCCAAGCUUGAGCAGGAGGCAAAGGGCCAGGAAGUGAAAGCUGAACUAACCGACCCGAUGGCCCCACAGGCCUCACAGCCAGCAUCACAUUCCACUGCAGAGCCCAAGAAGCCCGGCCGCAGAAGGUCAGUCAAGGUAGAGGCUACUGCACCAAUACGGCAGACGGACGAGGAGAGGAUAGCCCAGGGUAAGAGGGUGCUGGGCGCCCGGAGUAAAGCAAAGGCUCUGGCUAAAGCUCAGGCAGAGGCAGAGGCGGCAGCUCAGGCUGCUCUGUCAGCUAAGAGGGCAGCAGAGAGGAGAGCGCAGGCCCAGAGACGUCUGGAGGAACGAAAGAGGCAGCAGUUGAUUGCAGAGGAGCUGAAGAAGCCUACGGAGGACAUGUGUCUUACUGACCACAAACCCCUGCCAGAGCUGUCCCGUAUCCCUGGUGUGGUUCUUUCUGGCACAGCCUUUGCACACUGCCUGGCUGUGGUUGAGUUCCUACACGGCUAUGGAAAGGUGAUCGGUCUCAAUAUACCCAAGGACAUCCCCAGCCUUGCUACCCUACAGGAGGGCCUCCUAGGCCUGGGUGACAGCCAAGGAGAACUGCAGGACUUGCUGAUCAAGCUGGUGGAGGCUGCACUCCAUGAUCCAGGCCUGCCGUCGUAUUAUCAGUCUGUAAAGAUCCUUGGGGACAAGCUGGUUGAGUUAGAGCUGAACCGCAGCACAGUUUCAGAAGUACUUCGCAUCUUUUUGGAAUCUCAUGGUUAUGAGACAGAGGUGUGCAACACACUGAGGACCAAAACAUUUCAUGCCCUGCCUCCUGACAUCAAGGCAGCUAUCCUGGGUUUCCUGGUGGAAGAACUUAACAGCAGUAAUGUUGUGACAAGUGACAUUGACAACACAUUGGAAAACAUGGCAGCCUACAGGAAGAACAAGUGGACCAUUGAGGGGAAAUUGCGCAAACUGAAGGCAAUACUAGCGCGUCGUACAGGACGCUCAGAGGAAGAGCUGUGUUUUGAGGAAAGGAGGCGCAGUGCCAGAGUGGCAGAGGAAGAGAACCUCAGUCUGGAGGACAGUGUGGUCCUGGAGAGAGGCAACCGUCGUGCACGCAAAGAAGAGCCCAAACUCAGUGAUAGUGAGAGUCCUACCAAUGCUAGCAUUCCAGAGCUUGAAAGGCAGAUAGAUAAGCUAACCAAGCGCCAAGCAUUUUUCCGUAAAAAGCUGCUACAGUCGUCUCAUUCCAUGCGGGCCAUAUUGCUGGGCCAGGACCGUUACCGGCGCCGAUACAUGGCUUUGCCUCACCUCGGAGGAGUUUUAGUCGAGGGACCAGAAGAGCUCUUAACCUCAGGAGAUGUCCUUGUAGCUGAGGUGCCUGUCACCUUCCUCAAAAAGGAGCCCAAAGUUGAAGAGACCCCCAUGCCUACCACUCCCCCUCCUACUCUACCUUCCUCUCCUUCCUCUGCUACCCCUGCCCAGGGCCAGGCCUUGUCUCCAGAGGAGGAUCCCCUCCCUGGCACUGCAUCCCUCAUGAGCAGGCCAAGAGGACGUGGUCGCCCCCGAAAAAUCAAACCAGAAGUGGAGCUUCACCUUCGCACAGCAAAGAUCCGCCGCCGGCGUCGAAGUAGCGUCAGGUCCGGAGGUGAAGAAGGGCCGGGAUCACCAAACAGUGGCACACAAGACCUCACACAGGCUGCUUUCCAGAACUGGCUAAGCCAAUCACAGGAAGCAGUGACCAACGGCACAUGCUCAGCAGCAGGGGAAGCUCCAGAAGGUAAUCGACCAGAGGAGAGUGUGAAGGAGAUGGCAGAGAAACAGGGACAGUGGUUCAACCUGCUUCCCAAACAACCGUGUGACGAUAACUCUCUCACCGAGCCCCAGAUGCCCACCUCACCCAGCUCACCCCCCAAACUCCUCCCUCAGAUCCCGAGUACUCUGCCUGCACUCGCUGCUCCACUCAUGCAGCCGGACCCUCUCUUGCCUGGCUUGGUGCCUGCUGACCCUGUGACCGCAGCAACACCACAGGACGUUCUCCCUACAACCCCUGCUUCUGCUGCUCCUGUUGAUGCCCCACCACCUCAGCUUCUUCCAGCUCCCAUCCCUCCUGCUCCGGCUGCUCCUACCACCCCUGUCAGGCCAGGUCGCAGGCGAAGGAGAGGCAGCAGAGGAAGUAGUCCUGCCCGCAGAGGGCCCCGAGGAGCUGCAGCCAAACGCCGCGGCCGCCCUCCCAACUCUGUGUUCCAGGAGCUCGAGCAGCAGUACUUCACACAGCUGGUGGUUAAGCCCAUUCCAGCAUCAAUGGUACGUGGCUGGUGGUGGAUCAAGGACCCAGAGGAACUGUAUAACACCUUACAGGCCCUCCAUCCAAGAGGCAUCAGGGAGAAGGUGCUCCAUAAGCACUUGGCCAAACAUAUGGAGAGCUUAGCUGAGAUGUGCACCAAACCUAUCAACGACUCACUAUUUGAGUUUAAGGUUGAAGAGAAAGAUGUGCUGAUAGAGGCUCUGCAGCAGCCGUGGCAAGUGCAGGAGAAAGCCAUGGAGUCUGACAUCAGCGCCCUGCAGUGGGUGGAGGACCUGGAGCAGCGAGUCAUUGCUGCUGACCUCCAUCUGAAGGCUCCUCCUCAGGGUGCAAUGAAUGAUGCAGAGUCUAACACAGAGACACCGUUGGCAGAAUUCCAGCCCUACACAAUCCCAGAUCCAGACUCCACACGGGAUGACCUCCAGUACUACGAACAUGACGCUGACCCACGUGAUGACUGGAUUGUGCGAACUAAGAAGGAGUGGUCCGGCCUGCCUCGUAUCGCCACCCACCCUCUGGACCUGGGCGUGCUGCGACUGGCUAACCUUGAACGAAACAUUGAGAGACGUUACUUGAAGGAGCCACUGUGGAACCCAGCUGAAGUGAUGCGCCUCGCUCCUCUCACCCCUACACCAGGAGAAGAGCAUCCCAUGGAUGCCAUUAGUCUGGAAAGUGAAAUCACCUCUCGACUACGAACAUGGCGGCAGGCUCUGGAUCGCUGUCGCAGUGCUCCCCAACUCUGUCUGUGUUUACUUCAGCUGGAGAAGGCCAUUGCUUGGGAGAGAUCUGUGACCAAAGUGACUUGCCAGGUAUGCAGGAAGGGAGACAAUGAUGAGUGCCUGUUGCUAUGUGACGGCUGUGAUCGGGGCUGCCACAUGUAUUGCCUGAGGCCCAAAAUCACCCAGGUGCCAGAGGGAGACUGGUUUUGUCCUACCUGCGUCGCCAAGGAGGAGGAUGAGUCACCGCGCUUGUCGAAAACAAGGAUCAGGGUGAAAAAGAGAAGAUACGAAGACGACAGCUCUGAAGAUGAGGCGACAACACGACGUAGCACUGGCAUGGCAACGCGGAACAAGGAGGUCGUGGCACCCUCCUCAUCCUCUCGGCACUCUGGAGAAGGAGGCGGCUCUAAACGCCGUCGCAUGACAACCCGCAACCAGCCUGACCUCACCUUCUGCGAGAUCAUUCUAAUGGAGAUGGAGGCGCAUGCAGAUGCCUGGCCAUUCCUUGAACCUGUCAACCCCCGUCUGGUGCCAGGCUACCGCCGCAUCAUCAAGAACCCCAUGGACUUCCUCACCAUGAGAGAGAGGCUGCUACAGGGAGGGUACUGCAGCUGUGAGGAGUUUGCGGCAGACGCUCAGUUGGUCUUCAACAACUGUGAGCUGUUCAACGAGGACACGUCAGAGGUGGGAAUGGCCGGACACGCCAUGAGGCGUUUCUUUGAGAGCCGCUGGGCAGAGUUCUACUCGGAUAAGGACAAAUAGGAGCCUACGACGUUCCCCCUGAUGGUGGGGCUGUUGGUGCUUUCACCGUCCCAGUCACACACUCUCCAUUACCGCUAAGACUGUCUGGAGUUUCUUCCAGCCAUGUGUAUUCUCAUGUAUAGGUAUAUAUGUAUAGAUUUUGGCUAUUUGUCUGUUAUCGUUUCCUCUACUGGCCGAAUCUUUUCGAGGCCCACAGCUGAACUGGCUUGAACUUAUACCCAUUCCCCAUCACAGAGAGUGAGAACAUCUCUCUAUUCACUUUUCCUUCCUCCUUUCGUGUCUCCUCAUCUUCACCUCAACACCUCAUCUCCUGUUUUCGUUUUCCUGUCACGUCCUUUCACCAGCCCCAUGUCGUAGCGAGGCCUUUGGUCAAGCCCUGCUGUGGGGUGAUGACACGGUCUCAGGCCCUGAGUAUUUUGGCUCUCAGACUCAUAUUGAAGGUCAGGGACUGAUCACACUAUUGCAGCCUAACCGCUGCAUACUGGACCUGCUUAGCACCGCUCAAUGACAAAAUGGAUCAAAACUCUUCACAGAGCUUGGGCCAUUUCUUACCUGUUCAAUGGAAAUGUAAUGUAACGUGGUCUUAUGCCUAGAAGUAAUUUUUUUGCUCAAUAUAUUUUUAUUAUAUAUUCUAUAUAUAAAUAUAUAUAAAGAUUACAAUAGCUGGGAUUAUUUAAUAGCAAUAGCUUGUAGUGAAUGUGUACAGAUUACCUUAUAGAGAUGUCUAGACGAUUUAUGAAAAGGCCAGUUAAACUAAAAGGAAUCUGUUUUUGGACUGUCACGAGUAGACGUUGUAUAACCUCCACUUAAAGUCUUGCACGCACACAUACACACUUUUCACCAACACACACACACACAACAUGCACAUGAUUUCACACACAUACCCACCUUUUGCUGCUGUGUGAAAGACACUGGUUUCUGAAACUGGAGGAUUUUAAUGUUGGUCAGUCAGUCUGGGCUUAGACUCUUUAUAUUUCACUGUUCCUCCUGUCAAGAGUAAAUAAUCAGCUAGAUAAACCAGAUCUCUGUCACGUUUGAGAGGAUGCUACUGCAGCUUUAGCACCUGUUAAAUAGUCUGUUUAGAGAACACAGCUCACACUGAAAUUUUGCUCUUAUAUGCUAUAAAAUUUCCUCAAGACGAGAUGGCGUUCGCAGCUUCAAAACUGCAACUGAGCAAUUGAUCCAUGUUCAAAAUGUAAUAUUUGUCUGUAGCUCAUCUGACCAGGUGAAAAUGACGAAAGGUGGUUAUAUGUGAGGUAUCAAAUCCUCUCAUUUUAAAGACUAGAAUUGCAAAGGAGUUCUGAUGAUGAAGCACUGGGCACAUCAUUGCCUAGUUACAUUCCUUUUAUCGUUUGUUUUUUGUUUGUUUUUGUUUUUGCUGUACAAGGGCCAAUGUACGAUGUUGCGCGGCAUGGUUGGUGUGCUAUGAAGGCGACAGGAUGACUCCACAGUCCAGGUUUUAUUUAAACUUGUUUCUUACACUGAACUCAAAUCUGUUGAUAGGAAAUAAACUUUGAUGUUCCUUAUUACACUUAAAGGGACAAGACGUUUUUUCAAAAAAGAAAAAAAAAUACAUGAAAACCAAAUGUGGUGUUAAGUGAAUUUUUAAUAAUGUACAGUUUUGGUGACUUUAAAUUUGUUCCUUUAUAUUUUUAGGACCAAUUCAUCAUUUUUAAGAGGAGGUAUUACAAGACUCUGUUGUAUUAAGGUGAUGUAACACGUGUGCAUCUGUAGAAUGUACUGUGAGUUGAAUAAAAACCACAUCUAGUAGA